AUGGUCCCUCAAGAUACUCAGGUUGUCCAUCAAAAUUGGCUCUCACCCCCUCAAAAUGGGUUUAAAGUGAACUAUGACACGGUUGUGGAAAAGUCACCAAAUAGAGGUGCGAUUGCAGUAGUCAUCCGAAAUCAUUUGAGCCACAUCCUUGAUUGGCACUCUGGUGUUAUAUCACAUCUUUUAGAGGCUCUACCAUUGGAGGCAAUGGCAUGUAGGGAAGCCCUCCUCUUCAUCUCGGAUAAACAACUUCAUGGAGUAACAGUGGAAGGAGAUUCUAAUACCCUAGUAGAUGUUAUCAACAACAAUGCUCCGCCUACUGCAAUUUUUAGCCUAGUUCAUGAUAUCAUUGAAAUUUGUAAAUUACUGAAUUACAUUCUUUUUUCCUUUGUCAAAAGGGAAGGUAAUAAAGUCGUGCAUUGCUUAGCGCAAAAAGCUCCUAGGGAUUCUUCCUUCUGCAUUAAUCCAAUGAUCCAAAACCACUUUGUAAGGAGUCUUUCUAUUUGA